AUGCAUAUCCACCCCUAUUCCCCUGUCUCGCGCUGGGUUUUGGACCGAAGAGGCAUACCAUCAACGGAUAACGACCACCCUGGUCAUGUUAGAUUGCCAUGCUGGUUUUGCUCUCAAGUCAUUAACGAGUGGUCGAAUUCGCUUAUUCGUUCGGAAUGCUUGUCGAUGGGCGAAACGUCCAACUUCAAUCCUGGUUCACUCCGUGACGUCAAGACACGCGGGAUCUGCUCAUUCGACGAGAAUGAGCGGCAGUCGUUUAUCGCUGAGCUCUACCAGUUAACUCUGGCGGAAUGGGGUUCCCUGUUACAUGGUGGCGAGGAGAAUCUGUAG